UUUGCUGUAUUUGUAUGCAAGCUGACUCAUGGUUACUGUGAAUAAACCUACAUAGCAGAUCUCCAGUUUGGGUGUCUCUUCUAAAAGAUCCAAUUGAUAUACUCCUGGUAAAAUAAGGAAUGCACCAAAAAUGCUUGGGGGUGUGGCAAACCCCUUCUGGUUUCAGAGCUGAAAAAAACUCUAGGGACUAAGAGAAAUUGUUAAUCUGGUUCAGCUGCUAAUGAGGUGUGAUUUCUGCUUCCUGCAGGGAAUAUUUUGUCACAGAGGAGAAGUUCGGAGAAUUAUUUUUUGAUCCCAAGAACUGCAAUUACAAGCUCUGUAGGAACUGAUUUAUAAUGCUAUUUGUUGAGUAUGUGAAAUAGGGGCUUAGUUAAAAGGAGUGAAGCAAGUAUCGUGAAUUAUAGCUUUGAAAUUCGAUGGCAGUCCUUUAGCAAAUUUUAGACGAACAAUGGUGUUAUUCAUGGCACUGUUAAUGUUGUUCUUUGGGUUGUGACCUUUUUAUUUCCCUGUUCUGCUCCUGCACCUUUAAAAGAGUCCUGAUUCAUGAAAAUUAAGCCAGUAAAACUGUUCUAGCAUUGAGGCAGGACUGGAGCUUUGCUGUGUUUCUGGUUGAUGAAGAAAUAGGUAAAGGUAAAGGGACCCCUGACCAUUAGGUGCAGUCGCAGACGACUCUGGGGUUGUGGCGCUCAUCUCGCGUUAUUGGUCGAGGGAGUCGGCGUACAACUUCCAGGUCAUGUGGCCAGCAUGACUAAGCCGCUUCUGGCGAACCAGAGCAGCACACGGAAACGCCGUUUACCUUCCCGCUGUAGCGACUUUGUUGACUUUUGCUAGCUCCCUGCCUACAGCUAUGGAGAGAAAAAUGAAUUUCAUCCCCCUCCUCCUCCUCCUGCAUGCCACAAUUGACAGCAGCAUGGGAUGCUACUGUGACCAUUACCCAUGGUCUCCCUGGUCUAGCUGCUCAAGGACCUGUAAUUAUGGCACUCAAAGUAGGCAAAGGCAAAUCAGGAUGGAUGACUAUUAUAUCAAAAACCUCUGUGGUCAACUCUGCACAACUCAGGAAUCCAGGGCCUGCAGCCAGCAGAUGUGCCCUAUUAAUUGCCAGCUUGGAAACUUUGGUCCCUGGUCAGAAUGUGACCCCUGUGUUAGAAAACAAUUUCGUGUCAGAUCCAUUAUCACACCUUCUCAGUUUAAGGGGCAACCCUGCAAUGAGCCACUGGUAGAUUCCCGGAGGUGCUACCCAACCAAACAAUGCAACAUAGAGGAAGUAAACUGCGAGAAUAAAUUCCAGUGUGAAAAUGGUCGGUGCAUCGGCCGAAACUUGGAAUGCAAUGGAGAAAAUGAUUGUGGGGACAAUUCAGAUGAAAGGAACUGUCGACGUGUGAAGGCUGUGUGUAACAGAAGGCAUGAGAGCAUUCCUAGUGUGCAGUUAAUAGGCCAUGGAUUUCAUCUUCUGGCACAGGAGAACAGAGGAGAAGUCCUUGGCAAUUCUUUCAAUGGAGGCAAAUGUACACUUGUGAAAAAUAAUGAUACACGGAAGACAUUUCGGGUUCCUGCAAACAUAGAGACUGUCAGCUUUCAGACAGAGAAUGAAGAGGAUGAUGUGGCAUCUGAUUUUUAUAGUGAUUUAAUUCCCCUAGAGUCUUCUUCCUCUGGAGGCAGCUCUUCCUCCAGCUCAAGCAGAGGAUCCUCUGGAAUCCCAUUGCUCUUCUCCAGAAAGACUAAAGUAAAGGUCACGUCUUCAUCCUCCUUCAGAGAGGCUGUACAAGCUUCAUAUAAAAAGAACUCCAACUUUAUUAGAGUCCAUAAGGUGAUUGCUGUGUCGAACUUCACAGUGAAACAGUCGGACUUGCACCUCUCCGGAGUUUUCCUACAGGCCCUCAACAGCCUGCCUCUGGAGUACAACUAUGCCCUUUACAGCCGGAUAUUUGAUGACUUUGGGACUCAUUACUAUACUUCUGGUUCAAUGGGGGGCACGUAUGACCUCCUCUAUCAAUACAGUGCUGAAGAGCUGAGAAAUUCAGGUUUAACAGAGCAAGAAGCAAAUGAGUGUGUCCGGACAGAAACAACGAGGCGUGUCUUUUUCAGGAAGAAAAAGAAAGUGCAUACAAAUUGCAUCAACAACAGAAUGAGUGAGACGCAUGAAGGUUCUUUUCUUCAGUCCUCUGAAAAGUCUAUCUCAUUAGUAAAAGGAGGGAGGUCUGAAUACGCUGCAGCACUUGCCUGGGAAAAGAAAGGAUCUUUCCCAGAGCAUGCCGUGUACACAAAUUGGCUGGAAUCGACCAAAGACAAUCCAAUCGUUGUUGAUUUUGAGCUGGCUCCCAUUUUGGAUUUGGUGAAAGACUUCCCGUGUGCGGCGACUAAACGGCGUAACCUCAGGAAAGCUCUUGCGGAAUACGCGGAGCGAUUUGACCCCUGCCGAUGCUCUCCCUGCCCCAACAAUGGCAGGCCUGUGCUCUCCGGAACCGAAUGCCUCUGUGUAUGCCAGGCUGGUACUUACGGCGACAACUGUGAGAUGAAAGCGCCUGAUUACAAAUCCGUCACCGUGGAUGGUCACUGGAACUGCUGGUCUCAAUGGGGUCCCUGUAAUGCUGCCCAUAAGAGAUAUAGGACCCGCGAGUGUGACAAUCCUUCACCGCUAAAUGGAGGGAAACCAUGUGAAGGUGAACGGGCCCAAGAGGAAGAAUGCUACCUCUCCAUAUUUGCUGACAAGGGGGCCUUGUGUCUCAACGAUGGUGACGAGAAAAAGGAGAGGGAUAUUUUAGUUGAGCAGCCUGAAUCUGGAUGCCUCAAACCAGACUCUCCAGAACAUGGAUUCAUCAGGAAUGAAAAGAACUAUUAUGCUGUUGGCGAACAAGCUGAAGUUGUCUGUUUGAGUGGAUACAACCUUGUAGGGUAUCGGUUCUUUCUCUGCCUACCAGAUCAAACGUGGGCACAGAGGCCUGUCAAUUGCCAGCCAUCCUCUUGUCUCAGACCAUCAGCAUCUCCUAGUGUAUCCAUUUCUCCAUUCAAAAGUGACUACAGCAUUGGGGAAACCAUCCAACUUAGCUGCCCAGCAACCUAUAUCCUAAGUGGCCACAGACAAUACACUUGUGGGAAAGGCCCAUCUUGGAAGCCUCCUAUUUGGAGCCUGCUCACCUGUGAGAAAGAUGGUCACUCUCAAGCUCAAGGCAGUUGCAGGCCAGGCCAAAAGCAGGCUGGAUCCCAUUGUAUGUGCCUGUCGCCAACAGAGGACUGUGGCCACUACUCUGAAGAUGUUUGCGUCCUGGAUGCAGCUUCUGAACAAACCCUUACAAAGCCCAGCUGUCAGUACUUGGCAGAAAAAUGCCUUGCAGAGGAUUUGCUCCAUUUCCUGCAUGCCGGCCCUUGCCUUAGUGACACGGACUUGUGGUGGGCCAAGGAAAGGGCCAAAAUGUCCGCAAACAGCAUAAAGAAAGAACCUUGUGGCUAUGACACAUGCUAUGAUUGGGAGAGCUGCCUGGAGACACACAAUACAUGCUUCUGCCUGAUCCCUAGCCAGUGCCCGCCAAAUGAGGAGCACCUGUUCUGCCUCAACGUUCGGCACAGAAGGAUGACAGCCAACCUCUGCACACUGGGGGCCAUGAAAUGCUCCAAGAUGAACUUUGAAGUAGCGCAUGAAGGACGCUGCUUGGACUAAGAGCCGUCCGGGGUCACCGCUGGGUUUGCAGCUUGUGUGACUUCAUUUGUUCUGGGCCUCUACAUGCAGCUUGGAUUUCAAAGACCGAGCUUUCCGAUUCAGGGCUAUUUCUUCUCACAGCCCAAAUGUGCAUGGGGGUUCAAUGCCAUGCCAAUCCUGCUUUCCAUUAGCUGAGUUUCUCUGGCCAUGCGUAGAGUGUCCUUCCUUUGAAGGAAGCCAGCUUCUCAACUUACAAGAUGCACCUGAGAGGACACAGUCCUAGUGUGGAGUGCCUUUCCUCUCACAAGAAGCUGCUUUAUGAAAAUCCCAUGGCAGUGCCUCUCGACAUGAUCAGAAUGCUAAAAUAUAGAAAAUAAAGAUAAAAAUAUUGAA